AUGCAUUCGAGUCGACUAAAAAAGCGUCAUGUUGUGAGAUCGGAGACCCUCCAGGACCUUGUCCCAUCUCUACCUGCAGCCCCAUUGACAUCCCCCUUAUUUACUGUCUUGCCCGCCGAGAUCCGCAAUCGAAUUUAUACGCUUGCGCUUGAGUCCGAGGAUGUUCUCACAGACGACAGUUCUCGCUCCCUCUAUAAGCAAAACGCUUUCUACUACCGGCCCGGCUACAAGCAGCCUAAGCGCAUCCAGACUGCCCUCCUCCAGACAUGUCAGCAAGUCUACGCCGAGGCGUCCCUCCUCCCACCGGCAGUAAACGAGCAUACUUUCUGGUUCUAUCGAUCUCCACCGCAUGUCAACGAUGCCUCGUCGCCGGUGAAUUAUUUUCGCAAGAUGACCCCGAAGCAGCGGGCUCAGGUACAGCAUCUACAUUUGUUCACCCAGCAGUAUUUCCUAGAGGACAAUCAUUGGUCACAGAUAUGGGACGGGCUCAAAAUAGGCGAUGACGGACGCAGUUCGCGAGGGGAGUGCAGGAUCGCGCCGAAGAAGAUGACCAUCACGUUUCGCCACACGGACUGGUGGUACUGGGAGAACAAUGAUCCCCUGGGCAUCGAUCCGUUCCGACCCGGGAGAACUCACGCAGCCGAUAUGGGCAAGGCCGUUUCUCCACACGCCGCAGCUCGGUCGUGGGGGAACCAAUUCAGCUCUCUUCCCUGUCUGGAGGAACUGGUAAUCGAGUUUGAGACGAUCAUGCGGAAGAGGGACCAGCUAGAUGCCAUCACACAACAGGCUCUCGAGUGGAAGUUUCCCAUGCAGGCUGACAAGGGCUUGUAUCUGGUCGCUGAACCCACGUCAAAGAGAGCAUAUACUUGGAUUGGGGCCAAAGAGGCGGAGCUGCAAAGGCAGAGGCCUGCACGGCCGGUUGAUACUGAGGCCGGGUCGGAAUCUGAAUCUGGGCAGGAACAGGAGCCGAUUCCUGCGGCCCCGGCUUUGUUGCCAUUUGAUCCUCGGUCUGACAUGGGCACAAAUAGCGACAUCAAUAUUGGGAACCCUCAGGUCGACGCAGAUACGGAGAAGUUUUAUGUUGUCUUCUUGACUUGGAGGAAGCGACGAGUCCAAGAGUAG